CGCGAUGAUCCCGGAACGGCGCCUGCGCCGUCGAGCAUACUAUUCGGCCCUGCUAGGCAGCAUGACGAACCUCGCUAAUCCUUGCAAACAUGCCGGCAGUAUAAAAGGCGCGCAGGCGCGCUCUGCUUUUCGCGGUUUUCCCUUACUCCCUCCUGCCACCAGGGAAAGACUUCUGCUCUGCCACCUGCGGCGACGAUGCUGUUCUCUGUCCUUGUUGCUUUCAUCGCUGCUGGGUGUGCGCUCGCAAACCCGGUGAAGCGCCAGCUGGCGCAGGUUAUCACAGACUGCGUGAACCCCAACGACGCUGCGCUCACCUUCGACGACGGCCCGUGGAAUUACGAAACGGACAUCGUGAACACCCUCAAUGCGGCCGGGGCGAAGGGCACCUUCUUCCUCAAUGGCAACAAUUACGGGUGUAUUUACGACCAGGACCUCGUCGACCGCAUCAAGUACGCGCACGACCAAGGGCACCAGCUGGGCUCGCACACCUGGAGUCAUUAUGACCUGACGACUCUCACAUGGGACCAAAUCCACGAUGAGAUGUGGCGCGUCGAGCAGGCUCUGCAGAAGACCGUCGGCGUGACGCCAGCGUUCAUGCGCCCUCCCUACGGCAACUACAACGAUCAAGUUCUGUCCGCGUCCUACAUCCGCGGCCAGUCGGUCGUCAUUUGGAACUUCGACUCGGGCGACUCGAUCGGCGCCCCGCCGACGCAGAGUAAGAACGACUAUGACUCGUACCUUGCUGGCCAUCCCAGUGGACCUCUGCUGUUGAACCACGAGACAUACGAUACGACAGCAUACGAUGUCCUCCCGCACGCUCUUGAGAAGCUGAAGGCUGCUGGCUACAACCUGGUGACCGUCGCCCAGUGCCUGAACCAGCAGCCGUACCAGAGCACUCAGGCUCCGGGCACGCGCGACGCCUCGUGGACCUGCUAGAUGCGCGUGGCGCAUCUUGCGAAUGCACGCUGUCGAUGCGACUGCCCUCCAGCACUGCUUGAUGAGUCUCAUGAACUUCAAUGGACUGUACCCUCGAUCCUUGGACUAGACCUCUGACUUACCUCUCCCCUAACUUUGGACUUCACUUACCCUUCGAACUGUACUUUGGCCUCUUACGGACCUUCUCCAUGUUUAUGUAUUGUAUUCUAACGAACCGGUCUUGCAU